AACGACAAGAGCAAAUUGAGAGAUACAGUGUACGGUUUCCCUGAGCUCGAUACUUCUCCCUUUCAGUUUCUCGUGCAUCAAACGUAUGCUGACAAAGUGAAACCCAGUUCAAGUUAACGCCGGCAUAGAACUAGGCAAAGAAGACAGUUGGAAGAAUUCUGUUAUUCUAGUAAGUUUAUUCGAUGGCUCCUUUCAAGAAAUCGAAGAAAACGAAGAAAUCAUCCAAGAAAUUGAAGAAAAACAAAAGCGUAUGCGUGGUUCCAGUGGAACCCAGGGUUAACGAGCCCGAUUGGUGGGUUAGUUUCUGGCACAAGAACUCUACGAUUCCAGGUCUUUCGAUACCAUCAAAUGAGGAGGAAGGGUUCAAGUACUUCUUCAGGGUUGCAAAGAAGACAUUUGAUUACAUUUGUUCCCUUGUGAGAGAAGACCUUGUGUCAAGGCCACCAUCAGGGCUCAUCAACAUUGAGGGAAGGCUUCUAAGUGUUGAGAAACAGGUUGCAAUUGCCCUGCGAAGGUUAGCAUCCGGCGAGUCUCAGGUAUCAGUUGGAGCUUCCUUUGGUGUCGGCCAAUCUACAGUUUCUCAGGUGACUUGGAGAUUCAUUGAAGCAUUAGAAGAACGUGCCAAGCACCAUCUUAAGUGGCCUGAUUCCAAUAGAAUGGAGGAAAUUAAAUCGAAAUUUGAAGCUUUAUAUGGUUUGCCUAAUUGUUGUGGAGCUAUAGAUGCAACACAUAUCAUCAUGACUCUUCCAGCCGUUGAAACAUCAGAUGAUUGGUGUGACCAAGAGUGCAAUUACAGUAUGUUCUUGCAGGGAAUUGUUGACCAUGAGAUGCGAUUUCUCGAUAUCGUAACAGGUUGGCCUGGUGGCAUGAGCGUGUCAAGACUACUCAAAUGUUCAGGAUUUUUCAGGCUUUGUGAGGCUGGGGAUCGUUUGAAUGGAAGCACAAGGACUUUAUCAGAAGGGCUAGAAAUGCGAGAAUUCAUAGUUGGCGGCGUUGCAUAUCCUCUGCUUCCCUGGCUCAUAACUCCAUAUGAAAGUAAUGGCCUUUCUUCCUCCACAUCUACUAAUUUUAAUGCAAGGCAUGAAGUUGCGAGGUUGCUUGCAGUGAGGGCUUUCUUGCAGUUAAAGGGCAGUUGGAGAAUUCUUAACAAAGUCAUGUGGAGACCAGAUAAGCGGAAAUUACCGAGUAUCAUUUUGGUUUGUUGUUUACUUCAUAAUAUCAUCAUUGACAAUGGAGACCAGUUGCAUCCCGAUGUUGCCUUAUCUGGUCACCAUGACUCAGGUUAUGGAGAGCAAUGCUGUAAGCAGGUUGAUCCAAUAGGUGAAACCAUGCGGGGAAACAUAGCAAAAUACUUGGUGCAAAGUGAACAAAGAACUUUAGCGAAGUAAUUUGAAAGAUAGAGUCGAGUAUCAGUUGUGUUAUGAAAAGGUUUAAUAGGGUACACCCCUAAAGAAACUAUGAUUCUUGUCAUUUACAAAAAUGAAGUACCAUUGUUUUUCUUGUAGACAUUAGAGGAGGUUUUGAUCAUGCUGUUGGUUGCUCAAUGACUGCAAAUUAAAAGCCUCAUGUCUUAAUAUUUUUCUUCCCUA